AUGCCGGAGCCUGUCCACUUCUACCGCGCCAUGACAGACACAAUGUCAGAGACGGAACCUUUGCAGUCAAGGCGCUUUAUCGUUGGGCUGGAUUUUGGAACCAGCUUUUCGUCUGUGUCGGUCCUCUGCCUGAAUGAUCCGCAACUUCAGAGUUCGCAUGCGGUGCUUUCGGAUAUAUGGAAUAUCUGUAAUUACCCUGAGGCACCUUCGUAUCACAACGACAACCGAAUUGAAGUCCCCACGGAAUGCUUCUAUCCUGGCGGAGUGCCAAAACAUCGCAAACCUGUCACUCAUUUGAAGAUGACCUAUGAAGGCGAGGCACUGAGCAAUGAAGAUCAAUUCGAACAGCGGAACGACGAACACACCGAUGGCGCUCUGGUGGAUUCUGCAAUGAAUGACAUCGACGAAUACGAGUAUAUGGACAUAGACAACCAGCUUGGCGAGUAUUACUGGGGAUAUGAGGUGCAGGGAGCAAUGAUGCGUCAUGACGACCUGUCUGCCUGCAAGCCUCGGCGCCUUUGUCGAUUCAAGCUGCUUCUUGAUCAGAGCAACCUGACCCGAAACAUACGAGCGAAUCUCUCAUCGAGGCUGGACAAGAUUCAAGAAGAAGGGGUGAUAAGCAAAGAACGGGAAGUGGACAUUAUUGCGGAUUACCUAUACUCGCUCUUUCAACACACACGAGAGCAGAUGCGGGCAAAAUACGGCUAUACUAGCGGAGAACAAGUGGAAUUUGCAUUGUGUAUCCCCGCUAUCUGGACUAGGAAGGCCUGUCGGAUAAUGCAAAGAGCCAUGACGGCCGCUUUGCAUUGGGCAGAGUUUCUGACCGAAGCGUACCAUGAUGUCGAUGAUCUAUUCAUUAUUCAUGAGCCAGAGGCGGCGGCGGCGUAUGUGCUGGCCUACUUCCCAGAUUUCAAGGCUGGCGAAUCCUUCGUGCUUCUUGAUGCCGGUGGUGGGACUGUCGAUGCAGUUACCUAUAAGAUCGCGCAUACUGUACCACUGAAAUUGGAAAUGGAGGCUGUACCUCCUGCAGGCGAUCUUUGUGGCUCGACCUACCUUAAUGAGCGGUUUGAGGAGUUAAUAAGGGGUCGCCUCGAGGACGAGAGCUAUCUGGAAAACAAAGAAAUGAAGAUUCACAAGGCAACCCAAGAGUUCGAAGACAAACUAAAACGAACAUUCGAUCCUUCGAAACAAAGAGCUACAGAUACUUUGGAGAUCGAUGGCCUACGGGCAAACAGAGACAAAGGGUUCGGCCCUCACAGGAUGUAUAUCUCCAGCUAUACGUACGAGCGAAGGAAUCAAAUGCAGCAAAUAUUCAGCGACUGUCUUGAAAGAACGUCGCGUCUGAUGCUACAGCAACUCGAACAGGCACGUGAGAAGGAUAUCCUCGUUAAAAAAGUUAUUCUAAUCGGGGGGUUUGCGGCAUCUCCCGCACUUUUCCACCACCUUGACGAUAAACUCAGAGAAUACUCACUAGAGAAUGGCAGAGACAUACGACUACUUCAACGUCUCAGAUUUCCAGCAGCGGCAGUUUCAUCCGGUGCAAUUCUACAGGCCUUACGAAAAGACAACGGCCCUGCGCGGACCACAUUCUCCAGCUUUGGUAUCCUGCAGGAUGAACCAUAUGACCCAAAAAAUGCGGCCCAUGUCGCGCAACCACGGGCCCGGAAAAGCCACAACAUCACUAAGAAGUCCUACAUACAUGAAACGAUUUCUUGGUUCGUGAAUAAAGGUGAGGUACUAAAGCCCCAACAGGAAUUCAUCAUUCCAUCCAAGUUCUUUUUCACAGGAUCUUCCAACCAAUUCCUUUGCAAGGAAAUCCUCUAUGUGUCAGAUGGGAGUCAUAGAAGUAGCUAUCAGAAGGACCAUCCGGAGAACAUAGGGUAUGAGGAGGCAGGUACGAUCUUUGUCGAUAUGACGGAUCUGAAAACCCGAGGCCUUGUGGAUCGGAAGCUAGUACGACGAAAUAGAUUCUAUAAGCAGCGCCCUAAGAAAUACUACGAGGUGGACCUUGACCUCGUGAUUUUUGUGGACGGUCGCAAUCUACGUUUCGAGGCACGUUAUCCUUGCGGGUCGACAGGUGACGACUGUGUGCGAGUACGAGGCCGCUUCUGUAUUGCAUCAGCCUUCUUGGACGAGCCCAAAUUGUCAGGAUACGCUGAAGGUUAA